UCUAGAUCCCAGGAGCAAGAAGACGCCAAUGUUCUGAACGGCUACAAUCCCCAGGGGAGUGGGGUUGUGCCAUUCUUUACUGGACCUAUUUAUAACCCAGAGGACAUUCUGAUCGCAGAAAGCCCAGGCAGCCAGGAUAUCCUCCAGGAGUGUCUGAGAGGACUGAACAUCAGCCCUGGAGCAGAGGGCACCACAGGCUUUCAGCCUCCUACUGAGCAACAGCAGCUGCAGAAUCAGCUCGUGAUUGGUGCGCACCCGUUGCCCGGGCAACAGCAGGAUCCAGUGAUGUUUGAGGGUGCAGCCCGUGAAACUGGGUUGCCAGAGCAACCGGCACGUCCAGCAGGGGGGGGAGCGGCGGAGGGGGGGAGCUACGGCGACGGGCAGCAGGCAGCGCAGUUCCUAGAAACGGUGAACCAGACCAGAGAUGGAGAUCAUUUCAAGACUCAUUUCAGGGUGGCUGUGUUCUACAGAGGGGUGAAGGUUUCUGAGCAGGAGGUUCCCAACGAAGCUGGACUUCGCUUAGUUUACAGGCCUGAUGUAAACGAUGCAGUUUUGGAUCAUGAGACGGGCCUCUGCAUCGUCUCUCUGCCGCGCCCGGUUGGCAUCCUGGAUCAAAUCCAAGCCUCUCUGACCCAAAGGAUCCUGGACAGCCUGGGCAGCCUGGAUGUGGGCAUGUCGCAGCACGUGAUCUACGGCCAGCGGCGCGGCGACGUCAAAGCCUACUGGAGCUUCUCCAAGUUUGACAGCAGCAUGCAGCCGCGCGAGAUUUCUAAACUGAAUCCUGAACCUCUUUACCAGGUGAAGGACUUCAUCCGAGGAUUAAUGGACUUUUUUGAUGGGAAGGAAUCCCCAGCGUCCUCCAUGUUCUUCUGUCUCGGGGAAAAGUGGCCUGACCCGGAAAACAAGCCUUGGGAGAAAAAACUCAUCAUGGUGGAGGUGGUUCCCACUUCAAUGGAGCUUCUGAAGAACGCAGCUGUUGAAUGUGGCGCCUCCUCCCUGCGGUCUGUGGAACUGCAGAUGUCACUGGAGGAAAUGAUGGAUCUUUACUGAUGAGUUUGUUUUUGUCCCUCUUUCAAUGUGAGGACAUCUCAGUUUAUUAUGUUUUUAUUUGACGCCAAACAGAUCCUGCAGAAAUAAUCACCACAUUGUCGCUGCGUUAGCUGGGACUGAACAAAGUAAUGCACGUGACUAUAAAUAUGUUUGUUUUUCUCCUUUAUCUUUGGAUUUCGAUACACAAAAUGAAUAAUUUGUAAAACUUAUUUGAGUCCCUUCAAAAAUAUGGUAGUUUUAAAAUAAUUUCUUGCAAUGAAAACAUCCACCACAGAUUCUAAUUCACUCGUUGGUGAUUAUAUUGUCCUGAUUAUGAUCUUAUUUACUGCAGAAAAUAAUAAAUGUUUUCAUCUGAGUUUAGUCUUCAUCUGGACCCAUUUGUUCUUGUUUCUUGUUUUAAUUUUUUAAACUACGGAUUAACUGUUUUCCCUUUUCUUAUGUCAUUUCUUGUUUCACAUCUGCAUUUAUUAAAUGCCAUGUUCUUCUAUUUUUCCCAUUUUGAAUUGUCAUAUGAUGUUUCAACAUGAUGGAAACAGGAUGUCAUGAAUAACUAAUAAAAAAUUUACAGAUUGUCUUUUUAACCCAUAAGAACGGUUUAGAAAAUGCUUCAUUACUGUCCAUUUGAAUUUACUGUGAAAUUUAACUAAUUUAGGCUUUAGGCCACUAGGGGGCAGGACAUUUCUAAUAUUAGCCUUGCUGUGUGCUGAAUAUGCAUCAACAGGCAACAGUGGUACAUUUGACGAUUGUUCUUUUAUUUCAAUGUGGGAUUGUGCUACUGCAAAAAAAUGUGAAUUUGUCUCAGUUUGUUUUCAAAACAUGCUGCAGUUUUAUAUUCAUCUGUGCUCCAUGAUGUCCUGUUACAUUAAAUAAUUGCUGCAAGCUGUAAA